ACUAUAUUAUCCACAUUUUUGGGUCUUUUCUCAAAUUUUCCUACUCAACGCAGUUUGAUAGAAUUAUACCAAAGCUGACCAAAAUCAAUCCAAGAAAUCAAAGCAAAAAUGGAGAUAGCAAUCUCAUCUGCAACUCUCCCUCUCUCUCUACCUUGUGCUACAACAAAUCGAAGAAGUGCUUCACCGUCUCUUUCCUUCUCUGCCUCGAAUUCUUGUUUUUUCAACAAUACUCUCUCCACCAAAAACUGGGUCAAUCGUAGUCUGGUUCUGGGUCGAACCAGAGCCAAAUCAAGGGGUCUCUCCUGCAACUGUUUGUUCGGUCUGGGGGUGCCGGAGCUGGUGGUGAUUGCCGGCGUCGCCGCCCUUGUUUUCGGCCCCAAGAAGUUGCCCGAAGUCGGCCGCAGCAUCGGCAAGACCGUCAAGAGCUUCCAAGAGGCAGCAAAGGAGUUCGAAUCAGAGCUGAAAAAAGAACCUGGUUCUACUUCAGAUUCCUCCAUCGAGAAAUCUACAGCAGUCAGUGAAGAGGAGAAACUAGAUAUCAAGGUUCCAAGCACUAAAGAAAACUCAUGAGUGUAGAAAUAUUGAAACAAUUUAUGUAUUUCCUUAUGCUAGUCUUGUUGCCUUAACCGGUUAGAGAGUCCAUUUUGUUCUAUGUAGAUUUGUUUCUGUUGGGAAUUGUAGCUUAAAUGAAUUGAAUCAUGUUUUGGUUGUUCAAUUUGAGUGAUCAGUUGGGAACAAUUAGGCCAGCUCAAUCUUGGCCAAAAAAUACUAUUAUUUAUUAUUCUUUUUUCCUAUUUAGUGGAAGGAUAUGAACCACAUUUUGGCACA